GCCGUCUAUAAGCUUUUGCCUCAAGUAAAGGCUAUUCACGACUGUCUAUAAGCUUUCGAUGAAAGCUUUAUCUGCCUCUAUAUAAGGCCCCACUCCUGCCUUCUCCCUCUGCACAACAAAUUAACCCACCAAUACCACCAUGGCUGAUUUUGCUUCUUUUUCUUGUGUGCUUCUCAUCUCUUCGCUUUUACUGGCUUCCUACGCCUGUGCCUCAGAGGUAGAACUAGACUACUCGGCUCUUCCUAUAGUGAAGGGACUGUCAUGGUCAUUCUACGACUCUAGCUGUCCUAAGCUUGAAUCCAUCAUCAGAAAAGAGCUCAAGAAGGUCUUCAAGAAAGACAUUGGCCAAGCCGCUGGCUUGCUUCGUGUCCACUUCCAUGACUGCUUUGUUCAGGGAUGUGAUGUUUCGGUGUUGCUUGAUGGAUCAGCCAGCGGUCCAAGUGAGAAGGACGCGCCUCCGAACCGGUUCUUGAGAAAAGAGGCAUUUAAGAUCAUCGAAGACCUUCGUGAGCGUGUCCACAAGAAGUGCGGACGGGUUGUCUCUUGCGCUGACAUCACUGCUCUCGCCGCGCGUGACUCUGUUGUCCUGUCUGGAGGUCCCGACUACGAAGUACCACUGGGAAGGAAGGAUGGACUAUCAUUCGCUACAGAGGAAGCAACAAUACAAAAUCUUCCCUCACCCGCAAACAAUACCGCUAUCCUUCUUGCGGCUUUGGCACUCAAAAACUUGGACGCCACUGAUUUGGUAGCGCUCUCCGGCGGCCACACCAUUGGCCUUGGCCACUGCGCUGGUUUUGUUGACAGGCUCUACCCAGCUCAAGACUCAACCCUGGAAACAGAUUUUGCUAGUGACCUCAAAGAGAUUUGUCCCACGGAAGAUACGAACGCCACCACCGUGUUGGAUAUCCGGACGCCCAACAAGUUCGAUAACAAGUACUAUGUUGACCUUGUGAAUCGCCAAGGCUUGUUCACAUCAGACCAAGACCUGUACACGGACAGCAGGACAAAGGACAUUGUCACUGGCUUUGCUGACGAUGAGGAUCUGUUCUUCGAGCAAUUCGCCAAGUCAAUGAUUAAAAUGGGACAAAUGAGCGUGUUGACGGGCAAGAAAGGGGAAAUUCGUGCCAAUUGCUCGGUGAGGAAUUCUGAUAAUGUGGAAUUGACAACUCUGGUGGACGAAGAGGAGGCAGAGGCUUAUGCCGAGUUGUAAGGGUGUUUAUAUGAACCUGUGUUAAACUUAUUCUAUGUAUUUCUUUUUCUAAGAAGAUGAGGGGAGGGGGGAUGACUUGUUUAAUUAUGUGUUUCAGACUUUGGAAGGAGUGUGUUGCUUUUCUAGCUAAUGUUAUAGCUUUUGCUUUUGUCUGUUAA